AUGACUGUUGAUACUGGAGCAGUAGUUAGUGUCUGCCCGGAGAAAAUUUAUUAUGAUAAAUUGCAGCAUGUAGUCCCAGCAUUAAAGCGUUCAUCCAUUAGUUUGAAAACGUAUACUGGAGACAAAAUACCAACAAUUGGUGAGUUUCAGGCUACAGUCUCCACCGAUGACGGACAAUCGAAGGUGUUGCCGCUCGUUGUUGUCAAAAACAAGGACCCAAAUCAACCAAUAUUAAUGGGGAGGAAUUGGCUUCAGGAAAUCAAAUUGGAUUGGUCUCGGAUCAACGGGGGAGAAAGUUCCUCGCUGCUGGCAAUUGGUAAGACUGUUCCAAUUCAUAAUAGGAUUAAAGAUCUGAGGGCCAAGUAUAAUGAUGUUUUUGAUGGCAAGUUUGGGGAGAUAAAAGAUGUAGAAGUUAAUUUGGUGUUAAAAGAAAAUGCAAGACCGGUAUUCUGUAAGCCACACAACGUCCCGUUUGCAUUAAGGCCUGCAGUAGAAGCAGAGCUCAAGAAAUUAGAAGAUAAUGGAAUAAUAAAACCUGUGACUCAGUCUGAGUGGGCCACGCCUUUGGUGGUGGUUCGAAAGGUUAAUGAUGAUAUACUGAUAACGGCUUCUAGCGAUGAAGAAAUGGUUUUACAUCUAGAUGAGGUCCUCCGCAGGCUUAUGGAGUAUGGAGUUAAAAUUAAUAACGAAAAGAGUGAGUUUUUCAAGACUAGGAUCACUUUCCUAGGGCAUGAGUUGGAUGAAGCGGGAGCUGUAUUAGCACUUGUGUUACCCAACGGGUCUGAAAGGCCUGUAGCAUUCGCAUCGCGGACAUUAGGCAAGAGUGAGAUUAAGUACGCACAAGCCGAAAAAGAAGCACUGGCUCUCAUUUUUGCUGUGCGCAAGUUCCAUAAUUUCUUAUAUGGGAGGAAAUUCACACUGGUGACUGACCAUAGAGCAUUAACAUUCUUGCUUGGUCCCACCAAGGCCAUACCCACUCUGGCAGCUGCUAGAAUUCAGAGGUGGGCAUUAAUUUUGGCAACAUACCAAUAUGAUUUAGUGUACAAAAAGGGUGCUGAUCAUGGAAACGCAGAUGCCCUCUCUAGGCUGCCAUGCAAAGGAGAAGAGGAGGAGGAGAUAGAAGGUGAAAUAAACUUUUUUGCCCACAGUCAGAAAUUUCCUAUAUCCUACAAGGAAAUCGGGGUUGCGACAAAGUAUGAUCCGAUUCUGUCGAAGGUCUUAGACCUUACUAGAAAUGGCUGGCCUGCAUAUACGAAUGAUAUACAGCUAAGACCGUAUUCCGAUAAAGCAUUGCAACUUUCAGUAGAAAAAGACUGCUUGCUGUGGGGCUCAAGAGUAAUAAUUCCCCGUGUUCAUCAAGAGGAAGUGCUACAAUUGUUACAUACGGAACACCCUGGUGAGUCGCGUAUGAAGGCAAUAUCUCGCAGCUUCGUUUGGUGGCCAAAACUUGAUGUUGAAAUUGAAGAGUUUGUGAAGAAGUGCAGUAUCUGUCAGAAGACUAGGAAAUCAAUGCCAGUGGUCCCGUUACAACCAUGGUCAUGGCCAAACCGCAACUGGCAAAGGCUACAUCUAGAUUUUGCCGCCUAUGAGGGGAAAGAUUUUCUCAUUCUCGUUGAUAGUAGAUCCAAAUGGCCCGAAAUCUUCCACAUGAAAUCUACAACUUCUGCUAAAGUAAUAGAAAAGCUAAGAACCUGUUUUGCAGCUUACGGCUUACCAAAUACUGUGGUAACAGAUGGAGGUACUCAGUUCACGUCUCAAGAGUUUAAUGACUUUCUGAAGUUCAAUGGCAUUCGGCAUCUGGUUUCACCACCAUAUCAUCCGGCUUCAAAUGGCCUUGCAGAAAGGAUGGUGCAGACAACCAAAGACGUCUUCCUGAAACAGCUUUUGGAGGAUUCAAAAACCACUUUAAACCGAACCCUACAACAUAGGCUAGACAGCUUUUUGUUUGCCUACAGGAACACGCCACACUCGACCACAGGCAUGACACCUGCCGAAAUGUUUCUCAAGACCAUCCCACGUACACCAUUGAGUUUACUUAUGCCUCAUUUGUCUGACGAUAUGAAGAGAAAGCAAGAAGAGACGAAAACGAGAGCUGAUACCCGAAGAGGAAAACAGAGAUCUUUUAAUAAAGGAGAUAUGGUGCUAGUCCGUACUGUGAGACAAGAGAAGAUAAACUGGCAGUCUGGUGUCAUUUUCAAGGUUGUCAGUCCAGUAACCUAUCUAGUUAAUGUGGAAGGUAAAACAAGAUUCAUACAUGCAGACCACCUUAAGUUGAAUCCAUCACAUGAAGAUGAAGAAGAACAAACGUUACCUAGACCAGAUGAAAACACAAGGACAGAAGAAAUUGCAGCACCGGCAAUUGAAUAUUCUCCUAGACAAACCCCAACAAAAAGCCCUAGUAAAUCCCGGACAAGACCAUCAUUACCACAAAAUCAAGACUCUCAAGAAUCACCAGGAAUAAUCAAGUCUCCAGAAAGAGUAAACUUGAAGAGUCCAGACUCAUGUAUCAGGCGUUCAAACCGAACAAUAAAACCGCCUGAUAAACUGAACCUGUAG